GUACCUGAAACACCAGGGACCUUGCAAUGAUCUCGCUGGACUUAAAUUUCAACAUUUUGACUCGGGACCUGUCGCAUUACCUGGAGAACCAAGUGAAAGUUGGGCUGUUCGGUUCGGGAGUGGGUCUGUCUCUGGUGCUGGGCUUCAGCGCGGCGUACACCUGCUACUAUUUGAUCUCAGUAGCGAAGAAGCCACAGCUGAUCUCUGGAGGUAAGAAGUUCUACCAUUUUCUGAGGGAGCAAUGUCCAGUAGUGUCAGAGACCUACUACCCCACCUUUUGGUGUUGGGAGAGCCGCAUCCAGACUCUGCUGAGACCUUUCGUCACAGCCAAACCGGGGGUCAUCUACAGAAAUGAGCUCAUUAAAGCAGCAGAUGGAGGACAGAUCUCUUUGGAUUGGUUCGACAACAAUGACAGCCUUUCUCAUCCCGACCCUGCCACCAGGCCCACAGUCCUCCUCCUCCCCGGUCUGACCGGCACCAGCCGAGAGUCCUACAUCUUACACAUGGUCCAACAGAGCCGGGAUCUGGGCUAUAGAUGCGUGGUUUUCAACAACAGAGGAGUUUCUGGUGAAACAUUACUGACCCCAAGGACCUACUGUGCAGCCAACACAGAGGAUCUGGAGACUGUUCUUGAACACAUCCAGAGGGCCUAUGAAGCUGCUCCACUCAUGGCUGCAGGAGUGUCCAUGGGCGGGAUGAUGCUGGCAAACUACUUGGGGCGCAAGGGCCGGGAAACCUGUCUGAAAGGGGUCGUGGUCUUCUCAGCGGGCUGGGAUGUGUUUGAGUGCACCGCUUCACUGGAAAAACCCCUGGACCGUUUCCUCUUCAACUCCUACCUCACCAGCUGCCUACAAGCCUCUGUGCACAGGCACAGACCAGUGCUCGAAAAAUGUUACGACAUUGAUCAUGUCAUGAAGGCAAGGACCAUCCGAGAGUUUGACGAGAGGUUCACCUCCAUAAUGUUUGGUUAUCCUACCAAUGACGACUACUACCACGAUGCCAGUCCUGUCCACAGGCUCAAAUCUGUGCAGGUGCCAAUGCUAUGUCUCAACGCUGCUGACGAUGUCUUUUCUCCAUCUCACGCCAUUCCAGUGGAGGCAGUGAAACAGAACCCUAACCUGGCCAUGCUCAUUACCCAUCACGGCGGCCAUAUUGGUUUCCUGGAGGGCCUGUGGCCACGUCAGAGCACUUAUAUGGACCGAGUCUUCAAGCAGUUUGCAAAGGCGGUCAUUGAGCAAAGCAACCAACUCAAAGACCUCUCCUGAUAAGAAGAUGUAACUGAUGUUCUAGUUUUACAUUUUUAUUAUGUCUUCUUGAUACAUUCUGUCCUUUAUUUCUUCCAUUUUAAAUCCCAUUCUUGUUUUUUAUACCUUAUUCAGCCCUUUCUGCAUUGCAUCUACCUUUUCCUCUCUACCAGACCAGUUCUGCAGUUUUUCUUUCUUCUGAUGACUUCUUCUAUCCUUGCCCUCCAUAGGUCUGUUCUAUUUUUGCUGCCACAAGCAAAAAAAAAAAAAUCCUCAUUCUUUCUCAUUUUAAAGGGCACAUUUUAUUGAAUGCAGCAUUUGUGUUGCACUCAGCAUUAAUUUAUUGAUUCCAUACAGUUAAAAGUCUGUAGUCCUGCAAGCAAAGCUGUUCAUGUCACAGCUGAAAUACUGAAUCUGUGCCCAUUUGUGCAUUAGCUAGCUAAAGAAUUAUGUGAUUACCGUGUGCAAUCAUCAGUACUGUACAUGAGAUUCCAAUCAUUUUUCUUUAUGAAGCAUCCUCUAUUGCUUUUAUCAUGAAGACAUCUGUAGGAUUUUAGCCCUCAGGGAUUUUUUUUUAUUUCCUUAACUUCUUUCCCUCCUUUGUACUUUCUCAGUUAUUCUCCUGGAGUUUGAGUUUUUCUAAGUUUACGUCCACACAAAGUUAUUUAUUUUCUUCUAAAGUAAUAGUUUCAUAUUUUUGUCUUUGCAGUUGUGAAGCUUGAAUUCACUUUCUUUUAAAUAUGAUGCUAAUAUCAUGAGAUGAAUAGCUUAAAGAUUGGAAGCAUAAAGAUUGGAAGCAGAGGAAAGCAGCGCCUCUGAAGCUCUAAAUAAAAUGCAGAGCCGUGAAAAAGUAU